AAAUGGAGAGAAAGGAAAGGUUCAAAGAGUUGGAGAGGAUUUGUUUCAUGUUUUAGUUAGAAAACUUACCCAAUCAUUAUGUUCAGGGCAGGAUGCCACAGAAUGUUUGCUGCUGUGGCUGCCAGACAACCAGUGUGUUUGGGACCCGUGUUUCACACAUCCAGAUCUGCAGCACGCCAUUGUUCGAACACUUCUCCUCAGUCAUGCUGGAGCUGUGAUGACACGAUCGACGCUGAAGGAUUCUUCUGUGGCUGCGAGAAGAACGUCGUGCUACCAGUGAAUCCGAAGCGAGACUACUUUUCUAUUCUCGGCUGCACACGGUCAUUCACGCUGGACUCGGCUGAACUGCAGAAAUCGUUUCGCCGCCUGCAAACUCAGCUGCAUCCGGACAAGUUUUCGAAUCAACCUCAGCAAGCACAAACCUACUCCGCUGACCAGUCAUCACUCGUCAACAAUGCAUUCCAGACGCUAUCAUCGCCAUUAUCCCGCGGCCUCUACAUGCUGCAGCUGGGCAACAUGGCCGUGGAGGAUGGCACGACAUCGACCGACCAGACGUUUCUCAUGCACGUCAUGGACCUGAACGACUCCCUGGAUGCCAUCGAGUCGGAGCAGGAUCUCACGGAAUUCCUGCCCGAGGUUCAAGAGCUAAUCGAAUCCUGCACAGGAAAGGCCGCAGCAGCAUUCGAACAAGAAAACCUGGAGGUGGCUCGCGAACAGAUCUGUCAGCUGAAGUACUUUGUCAACUUGGAGCGACGCGCCAAGGACAAGCUGCUGGCUGCAGAUAUAGCUUCGUAGGCUGUGGGACGCGGCAAUAUCUGUUUGAGAAUCCUUACCGUCAGUAUACUAUGUAGUACACUUGUGCUGGUAACACUCUCAGUUCGGUCAAGUUCAGAGUCCAUAGCGUACGGAGCGUCGUGCCGAAGAGAACUGGUGGUCCAGAACGACGUAUGCACGCUGUUAACACUCCAGCACUGUUGCCCAGACCUCCUGCGGUCGGUCAGUCGGCCAAUCAGCGGCGGUAUGGGAGAAUCGUUUCCCCACACUCCAGUUCAGGCGUUCCUAUCCAAGGCUUCGUUUGAGCGGCAUAGACAUGACAGUGUAAUAUUGAGCAUUACAGUGAGCAGCGCUGAAGAGCAGUAGGGCUUGAAAACCAGCCCUGCGGUGUGCCUUCUGCAUGGCAGACCGUGUAUUCACCAAUGCAGGCAGACAGACUAGCUUGCAGCAUACUGUAUGAAGUAUGGCAGUCCAUCUAUUCUUGGUUGUCGUUUUCAACUUAUUUAGGUACUGUUACUCAAUUGGCUGUAGUCCCUCUGCCGCUGUGACUCAGAUGGGCGUAUCUGAAGGAGAUAAUCUCUCUCCCUCUCUCUCUCUCUUUCUCUAACAUAUCAAGCCCAUUCAUUUCUGAUAGGUGCUUGUGCACAGUUCUCGCCGUGCACUGGACCAACAUGAGUCACGUUCUGCACCGCGUGUGAAUAUUGAAUUCCUUGCGCUGGCAUGCUCUAGCUAUGCCAUGCUUUGGUAUCGAUGACUGCCCACGCGCAUAUUUAUAUAAAUUUUAUUUUAGAAUACCAGCAUGUGGAAAGUUUCGUUUGCUCUGUUUAGCUCGCAGUUUUGUGAUUGACUGUUAGACUGCC